AUUUUUGUAGUCAAGUUAAAAGUAGCAAUUCUUUCAAAAUGUCCAGUGCUAGCAAUCGAAUUUGUUCACAAACACACGGACACACAACAACACAACAUGCGUCAUCUAAUACAACGCAGCAACAACGUACUAGAAGACAGGAGCGCGCGUCAACACGGCCACAAGCGUCGAAUGCGUCGUCAUCUAACGCACGUCAGCAGUAUACUGGAGAGACGAGAAGGAUGGACAGACUGUCUUCAGGGUAUCUCAGUUCAUCAUCUACUAACACGUUGAUGGAGGAUGACUAUUUAACCGACGACGAAGCAUUUCAACAUGAUGAUUACACGAGGUUAUCUGAGUACUUCGGUUUGGACUACGACGAUUCCGACGAUGAUGAUUUUUACGAGUCCGGUGAUGACGAAUUGGUGGAUGAUGAUUGUUUAGUUCAUGAGUUAUUUACGGAGUCUAGAAUAGGCUUAAGUAGUGGAUCCGUCGUAACCGGUUUCAGGGUUUUCGUCGAGGAUGGAAGAAUUUCAUUCAUAGACGUUUCGGCUUCAUCUAUAGUAAUUAAUCGUGCACAGCGACGCCCAGGCAUCAGAAGACCAAACUUGAAGAAUAAAACAAGAAAUGAAUGACUGUUGAAAAAACUAACAAAACAUACAAAGUGAUGUAUAUACAAGAUUAUUUUGCGAUCGACCUACGUGAUUGAUUGAACAUAGUGUUUACAGAGUAUUGGUUUAAUAUUUUAUUUUAUAGAUGCCAAUCUUGAUUUUGCGAUCGAUCUACGUGAUUGAUUGAACAUAGUGUUUACAGAGUAUUGGUUUAAUAUUUUAUUUUAUAGAUGCCAAUCUUGAUUAAAGAAUAUUUUGAAAAGAA